UGGUACUGCCUCCUGUUCUUCACAAUAAUACAACAUUGCUAUUGCAUUAGUAAACUUGUAUUAUGGUGUCUAUAUAAAGGGUGGGCAGUGGCCUUUACAUCAGAAACCAUCUUGGGUACCACCAUUCUCUGCUUCUUGUCUGCUACUGGCCCUCCAUCUUCGUUGGGUUUCUCUAAGAUCAGAAGCAGUCGCCGGCCAUUGCUCAAAUCGGCUCAAGGAACAGAAGAAAAGCCAUUUUCUUGGUCGGGCGAAGCAGAGGGAGGUGCCUCAAGGAGGCCGGGCCGGCCAGAGAUUAGGAAUUCGGGAUCGGAAUCGGAAAAGUGCUCGAGUUCAAUGAGUUCCAGAUCGUCCCUCUCCCUCCGGGUGGAGACCGGGCGGAGCGGCGGUUCACGGAGACACCGCUACUCGGGUGAGGCCGGGACGAGCUCGUCCCCCUUCCCGCCCGGGUCGGCGCUGGACCGAAUCGCGCGGCUAGUGUCGGAGAACGCGGUGAUCAUCUUCGGCUUCAAUGGCUGCUGCAUGUGCCACGUGGCAAGGCAGCUCCUCUCCGGCAUGGGCGUCAACCCGACGCUGUACGAGCUAGACGAGGAGGAGGACGGUGGCAGCAAGACGGAGGACGCCCUUGUCCGGAUCGCGGGCCGGGAUCCGGCCGUCCCGGCGGUCUUCAUCGGCGGCAAGUUCGUCGGCGGCGUAGAGCGCCUCAUGUCUAUCCACAUCAAGGGCAACCUCGUUCCCAUGCUCAAGGACGCUGGGGCCCUCUGGCUGUGAGCCCUUCCCGCCUCUCGGAUCCGCUCUGUCCUCCGCUUCUCUUUUUGUGUGAGUCUAAUUUAUUCACUCGAUGAAUCCACUGCGGCAGAUUUUGGUGUGACGACGAGCGUUGUCCCUGUUUAUUUGAUCUUUUGGCUUGUAAAGUGAAUCAUGUAAUUCACCUCUGCGUCCAGAGUUGCGUACUCCUCUCCUAACACAAGGAAAUACGAAGAGAGUUGUAUUGUACCACCCUCUGUUUUUACGGGGGGAAAGUACUCCACUUCUUGGAUCCAAUCGUCCCGGUAAAGGCGUAUGGUGUGAGUUUUCAGCGUUUCUUAUAAUACAUUUUCCAUGCUUUUUCUAA